AUUCUAACUCAAGCACUUAAUGUUGAUUAAAGGGAGGAGCCAGUGCUGCCCCUGGGGAGCAGGGACACGAAGUAAGAGGCAGUGAAAGUCUGGGCUUCCAUCUCAGCCCUUCCAAGCACAGUGGAAGGAGGACUCUGACCAGUAGGUGAGAGCAGUGAAGCCCCUGAAGCCUGGGUUUGCUGGCAGCUCAGAUCUGGGUCUGUCAGGCACUGGAUGGAGCAAGGGCUGCAGGGUGCUCCAGGCUCCCCUCAGUGAAUGGGCUGACAGCCGCCAAGAAGAAGGUGUGGGGAAAGCAGUCGGCGUGGGGAUAGAGCAAGCGCACCAGGGAGUGAAUCUGCCUACCGGGUGACAGUCUCCUCAGGACCUGCUGCUCCCACAGUUCGGAUGAGCUACUGGCAAUUGGCAGUUGGGCGAGAAGCCUUCAGGAGUCAGAAAGGCAUCGGCGGCAAAGGCAGGAAGACAUAGAGCAUCCCUCUCCAUCCAUCAGGGAUUCCCAGCCAUGGAUAGCCAAGACAAUGAGACUCUGCUGCUCCCACCUUCCCCAGAGCUGGAUAACUACACCCAGGGGACCAACAUCAGCAGCUUCAGCCCAAACCCUGGCCUGAACUUCAGUCCCAGUAUCUUUGCUGACCCCAGCCUCAGCCCCAAUUUUAGCUCUAGCAUUAUCCCUGACCCCAGCCUCAGCCCCAAUUUUAGCUCUAGCAUUAUCCCUGACCCCAGCCUCAGCCCCAAUUUUAGCACUAGCAUUAUCCCCGACUCCAGCCUCAGCCCCAAUUUUAGCGCUAGCAUUAUCCCUGACCCUAGCCCCAGCCUCAUUCCUACCCCUAGUCUUAUCCCUACUUCCAGCCUUAGCCCCAGUCUCAGCUCCAGCCUGAAUCCUACCCCCUUCACCUGGGAGUCAAAGAUCAGCAAUAGCCCACAAAAUUCUGCUCACAUCCCACAGGGCUGGGGUCCCCAAGACAACCCAUUCUGGGACACCCCUUUGAACCACGGACUGAAUGUGUUUGUGGGAGUGGCACUGUGCAUUACCAUGUUGGGUUUGGGCUGCACUGUGGACGUGAAUCACAUAGGAGCUCACAUCCGCAGGCCCAUCGGGGUACUGCUGGCACUCAUCUGCCAGUUUGUCUUCAUGCCCCUGCUGGCCUUUCUCCUGGCCCUCAUCUUCUCUCUGAAUGAAGUAGAGGCUGUAGCAGUAUUAUUAUGCGGCUGUUGUCCAGGUGGAAACCUUUCCAAUCUUAUGUCUCUGCUGGUGAAUGGCGACAUGAACCUCAGUAUUAUCAUGACUAUCUCUUCCACCCUUCUGGCCUUACUGCUGAUGCCCUUGUGCCUAUGGAUCUAUAGCCGAGCCUGGAUCAAUACAACUCUGGUACAGUUAUUACCACUGGGAGCAGUGACCUUGACCCUCUGCAGCACCCUGAUUCCUAUUGGUAUAGGUGUUUUCAUUCGCUACAAAUAUACAAGAGUUGCUGACUAUGUCCUUAAGGUUUCCCUGUGGUCUCUGUUAGUGACUCUGGUGGUUCUUUUCAUUAUGACUGGCACUAUGUUAGGACCUGAACUGUUGGCAAGUAUCCCUGCAACUGUUUAUGUUGUAGCAAUUUUUAUGCCUUUGGCUGGAUAUGCAUCAGGAUAUGGUUUAGCUACCUUAUUCCAUCUUCCAUCCAACUGUAAGAGGACUGUCUCUCUGGAAACAGGUAGUCAGAAUGUACAACUCUGCACAGCUAUUCUAAAACUAACCUUUCCUCCACAGCCCAUAGGAAAUAUGUACAUGUUUCCCUUGCUUUAUGCCCUUUUCCAGUCUGCAGAAGCAGGGAUUUUUGUAUUAGUAUAUAAGAUGUAUGGAAGGGAAACUGUACAUAAGCAAGAUUCUUUGGAUGAAGAUGAUACAGAUAUUUCUUAUAAAAAACUGAAGGAAGAGGAAAUGGCAGAUACUUCUUAUGGCUCAGUUAAAGUAGAUGAACGUAAUGCAAUAAUGAUGGAACCCACACAGACCUCACUGUAGAGUAAAUUUAAUGUAUAGCAACUUAUAGAAGCUCCUACCCUUACCUCCUAUUAUGGUCUGUGGUAGGCUUAAGCAGUAUUAAAUGGCUCCAUUAUAGCAGGAUUCUUCUACAUAUAACCAUAAUAUCCUUUCCAUUGUAAGAUGACCAUGGCUUCACUAGUGUGGCCAUAAAUGUUUCCUCAAAUCUUAAAUUUUAACCUUUAGGGCUUAAUUCAUAUUCAGUGUCAUAGCCUGUAUAUCAGAUUGCCAACAUAGACUUGAAAUGAAGUAAAUAUCUGUUCAGAUUUUUGCUGUUGCCAGUUUAUUCUUUUUAAAUGGGGAAGCUAUUAGAAAUCAGGACCUCUCAAACAUAAAAUGUUGGUGCCUUGUGAGUAAAAACAAGCUAUGUUUGUAAAAACAUAACUGAAUUUCAUGUACUCAUUGUAAAAAAAAGUAGGAUUUAUCUUGUACUCCCAGUUAAGUUCAGUGGAUUAAAUACGGUAUAACAAUGUAUAUUCUGUUAAACAUACAUCAUCAAGUUAGAAAAAAAUCAGUAAAAAUAUUAAAAUGUCUAUUAUUACUUGAACUGAUAUUAUGCCUUGGUAUUAAAAAACUAAUUAUUUAAGA